GGAAAGAGAGAGAACUGAGAGAAAGUGAGAGAAAAUCAUCCCAAAAGCUCCAUUUUCUUUCUUUCUCUCCUCUCUCUCUGUAACACAAACCUUCUUUCCUUGUCUAUCUAUACUUUCAGAUAGAUCUCAAUACACCUAUAUAUCUUUUUCUCUGUUUAUGAGAGUACAUAUAUUGAUUAAUAGAUAGAUAUAUAGAUCUAUACAAAUCAUAUAUACAUAUACUCAAUUUCUUAAGCUUGAAAUGGGAUAUAUUUGAACAGGGAUUUCUGAAACAGGAUUUUUGGAAUUUAGAGGGUGAGUUUUGUUUUGUUUGAGAAGAUGACAACAGAGCAAGAUUUGCCUUUCUCUGUUGUUUCUCUUGUAGAGGAAGUUCUUCAACAACAUGGGAAUAAACUAAGAGAGAUUGAUUUGGCUUCAAGAAAAGCUGAUGAAGCUUCCCUUAGAAGAUAUGAAGCAGCUGGGUGGCUUCGAAAAAUGGUUGGAGUUGUUGCAGGUAAAGAUUUGCCUGCAGAGCCCUCAGAAGAAGAUUUCAGGCUUGGAUUGCGAAGUGGGAUAAUUUUGUGCAAUGUUCUUAACAAGGUCCAACCUGGAGCAGUCCCAAAGGUUGUGGAAGGCCCUUGUGAUUCUGCUGGCGUUCCUGAUGGGGCAGCUCUAUCAGCAUUUCAGUACUUUGAAAAUGUGAGAAACUUCCUUGUUGCUGCGGAGGAAAUGGGACUUCCAGCCUUUGAAGCCUCUGAUCUGGGACAGGCAGGAAAAUCUGCUAGGGUUGUGAACUGUGUUUUAGCACUUAAGUCAUACAGUGAGUGGAAACAAAGUGGUGGAGUUGGGACAUGGAAAUAUAGUGGAAGUUUGAAACCUUCAAAUAGUGGGGUUGGGAGACCUUUCAUGAGAAAAAUUACAGAACAUUUCAUGAAUUCAGUUUCACAGACCUCAUCAUCAGGUAGUUUGUCCAGUGGUGAUCAGUCCUCUCAUGAUGAUCUUGGCCAUGACCUCAAUGAAACAUAUGCUUCUCGUUCCUUGCAUAUGUUAGUUCGCGGAGUUCUUGCCAAUAAGAAGCAAGAAGAAAUACCAAACAUUGUAGAAUCUAUGUUGUAUAAAGUCACGGAGGAGUUUGAGCGCCGGUUAGUGAGUCAACAAGAACUGAUAAAAACAGCAGCAAGAGAUAUGGUAGCAUCUAGCCCUGGCAUGACUUCUAGUGAUACAAAGAUGGAAGAAGAGGAAGAAGAAGCUUCACCAAUCAGAACAGAAGAAAGUUCUACUCCAACUGAAAUUGAAGAAGCUUCCUCACAAAUCACACGAGAUGAAUGUUGCAACCAUAUGGAUAAUCAUGACGAGGAAAAGAAAAUUCACCUUUUGAAACAGCAAAUGCUGUUUGAACAGCAGCAAAGAGAUAUUCAGGAGUUAAAAGAUACUCUUCAAGCUACAAAAGCAGGAAUGAAAUUUUUUCGGUUUAAGCAUCAGGAGGAGUUCAACAAUCUUGGGAAGCAUUUGCAAGGUCUAGCUCAUGCUGCUUCAGGAUAUCAGAGAGUCCUUGAAGAAAACCGCAAAUUAUACAAUCAAGUGCAGGACCUGAAAGGAAAUAUUAGGGUAUACUGUCGAGUCAGACCUUUCUUGCCUGGGCAACCAAACCGUUUCAGUACUGUGGAUCACAUAGAGGAAGGAAACAUUUCAAUAAUCACUCCUUCAAAAUAUGGCAAAGAGGGGCGGAAAUCAUUUAGUUUCAACAAAGUUUUUGGUCCUAUGGCAAGUCAAGAGGAAGUAUUUGCAGACACUCAACCUUUGAUUCGGUCAGUUCUUGAUGGCUAUAAUGUCUGUAUAUUUGCAUAUGGACAAACAGGAUCUGGGAAAACUUAUACUAUGACUGGUCCUAAAGAACUCACAGAAGAGAGCCUAGGAGUAAACUACAGGGCAUUGAGCGAUCUGUUUCUUCUCUCAGAUCAAAGAAAGGAAAUUAUUUGCUAUGAAAUCUCUGUCCAAAUGCUAGAGAUCUACAAUGAGCAAGUGAGGGAUCUCCUUGCUACUGAUAGCAUUAAUAGAAGAUUAGAAAUUCGCAACAGUUCUCAGAAUGGGAUCAAUGUACCUGAUGCAAACUUAGUACAAGUAUCAUCAACUGGUGAUGUCCUAAAUUUGAUGAACAUUGGCCAGAGGAAUCGUUCAGUGAGUGCUACAGCAAUGAACGACCGGAGUAGUCGAUCUCAUAGCUGCCUGACAGUUCAUGUUCUAGGAAGAAACCUCACGUCCGGAACUGUGCUCCGUGGUUCUAUGCAUCUGGUUGAUUUAGCAGGAAGUGAACGAGUCGACAAAUCAGAGGUCACUGGAGAUAGAUUAAAGGAAGCACAGCAUAUCAACAAAUCUCUUUCUGCUUUAGGAGAUGUGAUUUCUUCUCUUGCUCAGAAAAGUUCUCAUGUUCCAUAUAGAAACAGUAAACUCACACAACUACUCCAAGAUUCACUUGGAGGGCAAGCAAAGACACUUAUGUUUGUCCACAUAAGUCCUGAGCAUGAAGCUCUUGGAGAAACGCUUAGCACACUAAAAUUUGCUGAACGGGUCGCCACAGUUGAGCUUGGUGCUGCUCGAGUUAAUAAAGAUAGUGGUGAAGUGAAGGAGCUAAAAGAGCAGAUUGCUAGUCUUAAAGCAGCCUUAGCUAGGAAGGAUGGAGAUUCUGAAUGUUCGCAACAAUCUCGAUCCAGCACCCCAGAAAGAUAUAGAAUGAAACUGGGUAGACAUUCUGGUUCUCAACACAGUUGGCAUGGAGAUAGUAGUCGCAGGCAAUCAAUGGAUAGUGCCGGUAAUACAGAGGAUGGGAGCGACUCUUCAUCUCACCUAAGAGGACGAAGCUUGGAUCUCCAAGAUUUGCAAAUGAAUUCGCCUACCUGGCCAGCUGUUUGCGGUCUUGCACAGAAUGGAAAGGAGGAUGAUAAAGAAUCAGCUUCUGGUGAUUGGGUUGAUAAGAUUAUGGUGAAUAGGCAUGACAAUGUAAGUUCAGAUGAAAACCUUCUAGGACAAUGGGAACUAGACAGUAGACAAUUGCCUGAGCCAUUCUACGAAGGCUAUAUUCGAGACCCUUCAAAGAUUUACCCAGAACAACCAUACAGUACUAAAUCUUCUCGGAUAAACAAUAAAGACAACCAAGAAUAUGAUGUACAGAGUCGUAGGUCCGAUGUUCUCUCUACUGAUGGUUCUGAAGAACUUGAAGCUGGUACAAGUGAUUCUUCUGAGCCUGACUUGCUAUGGCAAUCUAAUCUUCCUAGAAUGGGUAACCUUACCAAUGCAGUGGGACCUAAGCCAAAGAAAUCUAAUCUUAGGCCAGUGAAGAGACAAGAAACCAAGAGUUUAAUUCCAUCAUUAAUUCCUUCCCCAUCAAAAAAACCAAAUGUCAGUCCAGUCACAAACAAGCUUGGAAGACAGCUAGUUUAUGCUGAUGUGAAGAGGAGAACUGGCCAUGCAAAGUGAGAAGUCUACUACAAGGUACUGAGGGAGGUGGCUUUAUGAUUAUUCUUUUUUCUCUUUAUGUUUUUUAAAUUUUUGUGUAUGUAUGAUAAGUUGUAGAGAGAGAAAGAGAGAGAGAGAGAGAGAAAAGAAAGAAAGAGAGGUUUUCACACUUUCAACAGGCAAUAAUUUCAGUUGCCUAGGUUUUCUGUGGUGGUGAUCAUGAUAUAUGCAUGGAGUCCCAUCCCAUCUUGAUGAUUUCAAUUUGUCCAUAUAUAUGUAUGAGUGUUCAUCUUGUGAACUCUUUUCUUUUUUUGUAACAUUCUCAUUUGCACUUGUUAAAAGAGAACUGCAUUAUGUAUGGAAAAGAUCAAGAAAAAUUGCAUCAUCA